AUGGCCAAGAUCGAAACCUGGUCCGGCCACUGCCGAACGAGCCCUGAGUGGGAAACACCGAGAUCUGGAACGGACGCAACGUCGGCAACUCUUCUAGAGCUCUCCCUCUUUCCGCGCCCGCCUCCGAUGGCUCCGAAACAGCCAUCAGCAGAGAGGAGACCAGGCCGGAAAAGCUUAUUCCUUAGAAGCGGCGCCGCCUCCUCCCAACGGCUACCGCAAGGGAAAACAUACCUCAACUCCUCCACGACGAAGAAGCCAGGCAUCACCACGGCCAACGCCAGCGACGACUCCACCGGUGGGCAAGCAAAAGACAUAUACAUCGGCCACCUUAACCCCCGUUCCCAAUCCUCUCCGACGCCAAAACGGCCGCCGGAGAGGAGGUGGAACGGAGGGGAUCGGCGCCGGAAACGACUCUCCUUCUUUUCGCCCUUUGUGAGUUGGGUGGUGGACUGGACCCCGGCGGCCACUAAGAGAGCAUGA